ACAAUUAAAAAUUCGUUCAAAGUGGAAAUUUGAUGUGUAUGAAACAAUUACGGCCCGACCAUGUCGACCAUCAGCCAACAGAUGAACCUGUUCUCCAUGACCAGGAUGGCCCUGACGUUGGGCCCCGGCCUAGGCUUCCUCUUCUAUCUGCAUUCGACCACCAUCAGCGCAAGGCCUGACGUGCUGGACCGGGAACAUCGCGUCAAGGACGUGCCCAGCUAUGCCAUCAAGGAUACGUACGAUUUCGUCAUAGUAGGCGGCGGGAGUGCUGGGGCAGUAUUGGCGAAUAGGUUGAGUGAGAACCCCUACUGGAACGUCCUGCUCCUGGAAGCCGGCCCCGACGAAAUCUCCCUCACCGACAUGCCCUUGAUGUUCCCCACCCUGCAGCAGACGCCCUUCGAUUGGCGGUACCGCACCGAACCGGGGGAGAAGUACUGCCUGGGCCUCAAGGACAAGCGGUGCAACUGGCCCAGGGGCAAGGUCCUCGGGGGUUGUUCGGUGCUGAACGCGAUGCUCUACAUCCGCGGGAACAGAAGGGAUUACGAUAGAUGGGAGUCCUUGGGAAACCCUGGUUGGGGUUAUGACGAUGUUUUGCCAUACUUCAAAAAAUCUGAGGACAUGAGAAUCGACGAAUACCGAGAAGACGACUACCACGGAAAAGAUGGGUAUCUGACUGUCGAACAUUUCAGAUAUCAUUCCCCUUUAGCCGACUGGUUCUUGGAAGCCGCUCGAGAAUCCGGCUACGAAAUAAGGGACGUAAACGGGGAAUACCAAACUGGAUUCACAUUGGCCCACGGGACCUUGAGGGAAGGACUGCGGUGCAGUACAGAAAAGGGCUUCAUCAGACCAGCUGCCAAGCGGCCCAAUCUUCAUGUCAGUCUCCACUCAAUGGUGGAGAAAAUAUUGAUAAAUGAAUAUACAAAGCAGGCGUACGGAGUUGUUUUCAACAAAUUCGGACUCUCGAAGACGGUUUAUUCUGACAGAGAAGUGAUACUGAGUGCCGGCUCGCUGGCAAGUCCUCAACUACUGAUGUUGGCAGGAAUCGGACCAAAGGAACACCUCGAAGAUGUUGGCGUGGAAGUGCUGGUCGAUUCACCAGGCGUUGGAAUGAACUUGCAAGAUCAUGCAGCCCUAGGAGGAGCAACUUAUCUCUUCGAACCUACAGAAGAGUACGAUGAUCAAGUUUGCAGCUUCCAGCUUCCGAAAGUGUUCUCCACUGAAACCAUCAACCAGUUCACACAAGAGAAGACAGGCCCUAUUUACUGGUUACCAGAAUGUGAGGUAAUGGGCUUCGUCAAAACAAAAUACGAAAAUCAGACCGACGAUUGGCCAGACAUCCAGUAUUUCUUCGCCUCCUAUGCCGACAACACCGAUGGCGGCCUUUUCGGGAAAAAAGCGAUCGGCCUCAGCGACGAAUUGUAUUCGGCUGUAUACGAGAACAUCCUGUACAAGGAGUCCUUCAGCAUCCUCACGUUGCUCCUGAGACCGAACAGCAGAGGCAGGAUCAUGCUGAAAGACAAGAACCCGAACAGCCAAGUCCUGAUCUAUCCCAAUUACUUCGACGAUCCCCAAGACCUAAGGGUCAUGGUCGACGGUGCCAAGAAAGCCCACAAAAUAGCGACCGAGACUCCGACGAUGCAAAAAUACAACGCGACGUUCAACAAAUUCCGAAUGCCCGGUUGCCACGAUCUCGACUUCCUCUCCGACGAGUACUGGGCCUGUCAGGCGCAACACGUCACGAUGACGAUCUACCACCCUGUAGGCACGGCCAAGAUGGGCCCCGACGAGGACCCUGUGGCAGUCGUCGAUCCGCGGCUCAGGGUCAGAGGGAUCAAGAAUCUGAGGGUGGUAGACUGUUCUAUAAUGCCCUAUAUACCGAGUGGUAACACCAAUGCCCCCGUCAUAAUGGUGGCAGAAAAAGCCGCUGACAUGAUAAAAGAGGACUGGGGAGUACUCCAUAGAUAUGUCGAUUCAAGCGAACAAGAAACUGAAAAUGAAAAUGGGGACGAUGAGAACAAGAAUGAUGAAAAUAUCGAGCUUAAGACAGGACAGAGAACAUCUGCGAAAAAGGAACUGAUUAUGCAAAAAACACCAGCCAGAAGGGAUAUGGACUAUUGGUGAAGUGCAUGAAAAAGACUCCUUAUUCGAAAAUAUCAACUAUGUUUCUAGACUCUAGAUUAAAAUCAG